AUGAAAUCUCAAGCUGUACUUCGUCUAUGCUAUUCAACUGUUCGUCAAAAUCCAGCUAUUUGUACAACAUAUCAGUCACGACGUUGGAUUAGUUUACAUGAAUAUCAAAGCAAAAAAAUUCUCAAUGAUAAUAAUCUUAAUGUUCAACGUUUUCAAGUUGUUGAUAAUCCUCUAGAUGCUAAACGUGCUGGAGAAGAAUUAAUGAAAACAAUUGCUAAAGAAUUAGUUAUUAAAGCACAAAUUUUAGCUGGUGGUCGUGGUAAAGGUACAUUUGAUAGUGGAUUAAAAGGUGGUGUUAAACUUACAAAAGAUCCAGUUGAAUGUGGUAAUAUUGUAAAACAAAUGGUUAAAUAUCGUCUUGUUACAAAACAAACACCACCGGAAGGUGUUGAAGUACAAAAGGUUAUGGUUGCUGAAGCAUUAGAUAUCGAACGUGAAACUUAUUUAGCUAUUUUACUUGAUCGUGCAUAUGGUGGAGCUGUAUUAAUGGGUUCACCAAUGGGUGGUGUUGAUAUUGAAGAAGUAGCAGAAAAACAUGCGGAUCAAAUUUUUACUACCGCUAUUGAUCCAGUGAUUGGUAUGAAAAAAGAACAAGCUUUAGAUAUGGCAAAAAAACUUGGAUUUAAAGAUAGAUUAGCUGAUGAAGCAGCAGAUCAAAUCCUUAAGCUAUAUAAAUUAUUUUUAAAAUAUGAUUGUACACAAAUAGAAAUUAAUCCAUUUGGUGAAACACCCGACAAACGAGUCAUUAAUUUUGAUGCUAAAUUAAGUUUUGAUGAUAAUGCAAAAUUUCGUCAAAAAGCUGUUUUCGAUAUGGAAGAUACAACUGAAAGUGAUCAACGUGAAGUUGAAGCAACUAAUGCUGGUUUAAAUUAUAUUGGUUUACAAGGAAAUAUUGGUUGUCUUGUUAAUGGUGCUGGUUUAGCUAUGGCUACAAUGGAUAUUAUUAAAUUAUAUGGCGGACAACCAGCUAAUUUUCUUGAUGUUGGAGGAGCAAAAUACAAACGACAUGCUGCAUACAUUCUGCAUUUAUUUCGUCGUGGUAGAAUUAUUUCAAAUUUAGAUAUCAUGAUCGAGUGUACCGAUAAACUCUUGGCUAACUGGCGUACCCGUCCUAGUCAACAUGUCCAUUGUGACAUUAUUCACCAAAGUGAAAAUCUGAUGCUUGCGAUUUUUGGUUGGAUUGCGUUUGAUUACGAUUUGGAAACACUCGAUGGUAUCGAUAAUAGCAAUGAAUUAUGUGAAGCUUUAAAGAGCUUUUUGAGCAUAUUUGAAUUCAUUUCCUAUAUGCCAAGAGUAAUAAAUAUUCUUUAUUUGAAAUUAAGUCGUCGACAUCAGCGAGCGAAGAAAACCAUUGGACGAUAUUCGAAUCGUAUUAUUGAUACUGAACUAAAGCAGAGUAAAGAAUGGAGAGUUCAACGAAAGAGAACAUCUUUGAUUGCGUCAUUGGCUACCUCAUUACAAGAAGACACUGAAGCUGAAGCACAUAAAAUUGAGGAAGAAAAAAAAGGUAAAACAAAUGAUUCUCUAUCGUUGACCUAUUAUAUUAUGUGUCAUCUUUCUCUAUGGAUAGGUCUAUCCAGAAGCGAAGUAUUAGAUGAAAUACUUCUGUUGUUGGUUGCUGGUUUCGAAACUACUGCAACUGCUCUGACUUGGUUCAUUCAUUUGAUGAGCAAAAAUCCACGAGUACAACAGAAGAUUAAAGCAGAAUUGAACGAUAGCAGUGAUCAACAACAUUUAUCACUUGAUCGACUCGAUUCACUUGUGUAUUUAGAUUGUGUCAUUAAAGAAGUACUUCGUUAUUCUCCGCCCGCCAGUAUGACAUUUCGCACAUUAGUCGUCGAUGAUUGUCUGCCACAAAGUGGUGCACAAUUGUUUAAAGGAGAUCAAGUGCUUAUUCCAUUACAUAAUCUAGCACAUGACAAUCGAUUAUGGUCGAUUGAUCCUAAUCUCUUUUAUCCUGAAAGAUUCUUAAAUGAAGAUAAAAAUCAUCAUCCAUAUGCAUUUAUACCAUUUGGAGGUGGUCAUCGUCAGUGUCUUGGAAAAGAUUUGGCCACAUUUCAGUUUAAAGUAGUUGCAGCAAGGUUAAUGCAAUUCAUAAUGUUCGGUGAUGGGGGUCCGGAAGUGAAUUCAGGUGGACAAUUGACAAGCACGACCACAAAGCCUCGAUAUAUUGGUGUCACGAUUAAUUUUGAUCAAUAA